CUCUGAAUUUCCCUUGAGGAAUACAAAGACACAAGACGAUCGAGUGAGGAAAGUAUAUUGACCAAGAUGCAAGGCCACGCUGAAACUAAUAACUCUAUCAUGGCACCGCUCUCUCAAAUCCCACCUUCUUCUUCUCUUCACCCUUCAAACAUUGCUGAAACGGGUAACAUCUACACCACCACCUCCAGAAAGCGUGUUAAGAAAAUGGACCACACCAAUUGCGAGAGCCUCAACGUGGAACGUGAAAGAAGGUCGAAGAUGACUCAAAUGUUCACUCAGCUUCAAACCACUGUCCCUGGUGUCUUACCUCAGGCUACAAGGGAAGUGAUUAUAAACGAGACAAUUAAGUACAUUAAGGAGCUUGAGAUGAAGAUGCAAAAGCUGGAGGAGUUGAAGGAGUCAAUGAAAGAAGGGUCCAUAUUGCUUGCAUGUGGUAACAACAACAUGAAUUGCUCCGUCACGGUUUCUGUCUCUGCUAAUGUUGCAUUCUUUGGUAUUCAAUCCCUGCCUCGAUCCGGUUUGGUCUCGGUGAUCAUGAAGGUGUUCUGCAAGCACCGAGCUGAGAUUUUGGCUGCAAAUGUCUCAGUUAAUAAUGGGAAAUUGAUAUUGGCAAUCACGGCGAUGGUGCAAAAUGGUGGUGUCGUUGAAAAUAUUAGAAGACAAAUUUUGAGUUUGUAGGUUCAAACUCUUGCUUUUAAUUUUUAAACGGAGGACAUUAAUUGCACGGUGUUUGAGUUUGGUACCAUGUGUGUGUUUUGUUUACACACACACAAGGGGAGCUAACCCAAUACUAUAUUAUAGAGAGCAGAGAUUAUGAUUCGUGGGAGAAGAAUUAGCAGGAGGCAGUGAUUAUUCUGUUAAGUCAAAAUAGUCAGAUUAUAUGGUUCAUUGCAUUCUGUUAAGUAGAAACUACUUCCAUUUUUCUCAAAUCUAAUGUGAACAAAAAAAAAAUAGUAAAACUCGAGUUGGAGAUGUAUAUCCAAAUAUACGUUAAGAGACGUUGAAUGGCUAGGUAGAUCCACCCAGACACCUUGGGCAUGUACAGGCGUUGAGUUGGAGUUCCUGUUUCAAUAUCCCUUCAACAGUAAUUAGACUGGGGCAUGUACAUGCGUUGUAACUUUUACUUUACUGAGAAAAUUUUCUCUCCCGAGACUUUUUAUCCUCAACUCUACAUUUUUCUGUUCCUUUCAUUUUCUUUCUUCUAUCAAUUAUCCACAUAAUCCUUUUACCACACAUUCCCUCCCUCCUUGUCAUUACCCAAUGCCGAUCAUUGUUGGUGGGGAGUUAAGCUCCGACA